UGGCAGCACAUGUAAUGUAAAAUUCUGUAAUGGUCUGUUGAACUUGUAAAUAUAUUUUAAAAUGUUUUCGUGCCUGGUAUUUAUGUACAUACAGGGGUAUAGCGGGUGAUUUAUAUCUUGUCCUCCAUAUUGAUGAGAAACAAGGAAUUCAGAGAGAUGGUAUGAAUCUAUACUCAAGAGUGGAUGUUGACUAUACAGAAGCAAUCCUUGGGGUUCUUAAAAAGGUUGAUACUGUUGAAGGUAUAAAGGAUCUUCAGAUUCCCCCCGGGACUCAGCCAGGACAAAAAUUAAGGCUGCCGUACAUGGGCGUGCCAAAUAUAAGAAAACCUUCUGUACGGGGUGAUCACUAUUUCACUGUGGAUGUUCAGAUCCCAAAGCAUAUAAGUGAUGCAGAACGAGAACUGGUUCAAAGGUUGGCUUCUCUUAGGAAUACUGAUGGUGUUCUCCAUGACAAUAGAGAAGAUGUGACAGACCGAACUUCAGACGUCAGAAGCAAAAGUGAAACGCAUUGGUGGAAAUCGAUAAAGGAUAUGCUAUGGAGAAGGCAACCCGGGGAAAGAUUCGCAUCAAUCUGCAUCGAUACAUCAACACCAAUGAUGUACACAAAGACCCUAUCAAAGUUGCCUUCUAUGAGUGCUACUUCUGUCAUUCUAUUUUCAUUUGUUCUCACUUUCAUAGUGAGCAAACCUUGGUGGUCCAAAUUCUGGCAACGAACGAAACAAAUGGAGCUUGGGGAUCAGAAACACGGUAAAAGGAUAAAAUGCAACGGUAGUUAAACUUGCGCUUCCAUUUUCCUUCCGUUGGUGGAGGAACGCAAUUCAGAAUGUAUACUCAAGGACAUUUGCUGCCUGCUCUGUAGUAUCUUGAGAAUCCAUUGGUGGCCGCUCGACUCUCUAAUCGGUUCAGUAGAGCAGCUCGGGUGUUUCACGCUUGUUUGAGGAACGUAAUUGAGUUCUUGGUGGGUCUUCGUGUGUAUGUUGAUACCAAUCCAUUUUUUCAAGUCCUAGAAUGGUAACUGUAUAUUUUUGCCAGAUUAUGUAUAACUUUUUUCUUUUGUUGAUACGAAAAAAUAUGUUGUUCUCUA